CUGAAACUGAGAGAGAGAGGAGAGGAGAAUGGCUCUGAGCACUGAGCAAGCUCUGGCACUGCUACUGAUCUUAAACAGCGCUCACCUCACAGCAGCAGGUUGCUCUGCACCAGACUGUGUUGCUGUCUCUGGCUCAGCUGAGGAGAGAGCAGUGCUGCCCUGUUCUUACACCCCCACCCCUAGGCAGGAUGUAGAAGUCAGAUGGCAUGCAUAUCCAGAUCAGGGAGGACCUGUUGUAUUAAUCAACUCAAAGACCCCCUCAGCAAACAUCCCUGCGCAGUGGAGCGGCCGAGUGAAGCUGUCUGAUGAAGUCUCCUCUGGAAACGCCUCUCUGCUAAUCUCUGAGCUCAGACUGGAGGACACUCGGUAUUACACGUGUACAGUGGGGAUCAAUGGGAUAUGUGUCACUCACAGGAAUGUUAAACUGACAGUUCAAGGACCUCCAAAGAGAGAUUCAACUACUUCAAGAACAACAACGACCACAACCCCGACAUCUAGACCAUCAGCAACCCCGACAACUAGACCAUCAGCUACCCCGACAACUAGACCAUCAGCAACCCCGACAACUAGACCAUCAGCAGCACAUCCUUCCCAACACAGUGCUGCCGCUAUCCUCUCUGCAGAAGCUCCAAAGAGAGAUUUAACUACUUCAGGAACUACAAUGACAACUCCCGCUAUCCUCUCUGCAGUAGCCGUCUCUGUUGUCAUCGGCAUCAUAGGUGCUGCAGUCUUUGUCAUUUUAAAGUACAAAAGGAGAGCAGCGAAUGCUAAUGGGAAUAACCAGAAUGCUGGAGAUCACAAUGCGAUCUCAGACUUGCUUACCUACGCUGUAAUCGAUCACACGAGACAGCUGGGAGGAGCCCCAGUCCGGUCAGGGGUCAGUGCUGUGGACAAUACGGAGUACGCCACUGUCCGGAUCCACUGAUAGGACACGUCUCACCCAGCCACCAGGGAUACAAGAGAGCUUCAACAACAAGAUGAACCAAGGACUUGACUGACAUUGAUUUACUGCAGCGCUUCAAUGAAUCAUACCAACUCUGAUGAGAACAAUAAACACAGCGAGCCACUAACAAGCAAACACCUGACAUUCUUAAUUCGAUCUGAACCAUUUCAUGGCCACUGCUAAUAGAACGCUGUGGCCAUGUUUGCAAAGCAUUUCCUCCUGUUUUUGGAAAGUAUAUAAUUCCAUGUUAAAAGGGUUUUAAAUCUUACCUGUUCAUUCGCUAUGCAGGUCACACGUGUAGUUUUGAAAGAAGCACAUGUUAUAUAACAAGCAUGCUUUUUCCUUUUUUUAAAUGUUAUCAUACUGGUACCAUACAGUCGUGUGCAAAUGUAUUAGAACACCAAGAUGUGUAAUUGAUAUCCUUCAUAUACGUACCUGCAUGAAAACCUCUGGGGGUGAGAAUUUCAAUUUUCAAUCAGUAAUCGAUGAUACAGAAACAAUAGACACUCAUGUGUGAAAAUGUUAGACCGCUUUGUGCUUCAAUUAGGCAUCUUAAACAACUUCUAAAAAGUGUCCUGCAUUUUAUCAUUUGCAGCUGUGUGUUCCUUUUCUCUUACUAUGUAAUUAAUUGCAUGUGUUGCCUAUUAAAGGCAUCAAUUAAAUUAGAAAAUCACUGUCCGUUUUGACAUUUUCCAGUGGUUUGAUUUCCUAUGCACAACCAAUCCACACAGCAGAAGCAAUGGGGUGUUGUAAUGCAGGUGCGCACUGCUGUACUAGUUUGCAUGCCUUACUUUGAUAACACACACACCAGUCCCAAGCUGAGCUCCUGCAGGUGGUGUGAUCCCAGCCUCAAAGAAGAGAAGCCAGUCCUCCUCAUUGCAGUGUUCAUCCACAUUGUUAACGAGAGCCUUUACAGCAGGAGAUCGCUCACCAGCACAGAGAUGCGUCAUGAAAGAGGCCCCAGGGGCUCUGCUUCAUGACUGCAAGCCCUUGAAUGCAUGCGCGUGUAGCAGGGAGGGAGUAGGGGGGGGUUAGGUAAGCAGUUGAAUUCAGGUCCCGAGCCUCCCUUCCUUUUGCACCUGCUCUGAGACAGGCUGCUGUGUGUAAAACUUGACCGCUCUGCUGGAUUGGGGAGUAAAGCAAUACUUCCACAUUCAAACUCAUUUGAUUAGAUUGUAUAGGCCUGUGUUCAUCUAUUUCACUUUGAACAAACACUUGUGCUUGCUAAGGUUUGCUAGCUGUCUUCUCUCAUCCUUGUGGCAGCUGUGAUGUACCUUUAAUGCUUAUCUCCUCAGACCAUGUGGAAUAUUAAUAAACAUCGCCAUCGCUGCUUUGAA